UCAUACCGCCGUACCCCCCUCCCCCACCAAAAUAAGAUAAAUUUCCUCGUUUCGCCCUAUUUCAUCGUUGCUAUUGUCUUCUAGACAAUACACCUAUAAGGAAGAGCAUGUCGCAGUGGAUCUUCUGGCAUCGCUGGCCUCUAUCCAAAACUAGUAUUUCCUCUUGACACCAUACUCCAAUCACAACGUAUUAAGAUGCUCCAGAUAAGGAUACAGGAUUCAUAACUUCUUCUUAAAGCUCACAAAAUGGUGGACAUAUCAUCUUCAGUUUCAAGCACCUUCACCUGUAUGAGAGCCACCAUGACAUUCAUAUCGGUAGCAGUGGUCAUUAUUUUUCAUUUAGCAGUAAAUUCUGACGCUUUACCAAUGAGAGAUGCACAGGACGCAAAGAUGUAUUUGAUGAACUAUGGCUACCUCAAACAAAGCGAUAUGGCUAAUGGACAGCUAACGACAGAGGGCGAUGUUGUGAAAGCUCUAAAACAAUUUCAAUACAUGGCAAAUAUCGAUGAAACAGGGACACUUGACAACGAUACGAUGCGAAUGAUGAAAAUGCCGCGAUGCGGGAUGCCAGACAUGGUCGGGACUGGUUCGCACGAUGUUCGCAAGAAGAGGUUCACCCUCUCUCAACUCAAGUGGCCCUAUACCGACCUCACCUACCGACUCGAUGGGACGACGCCAGACCUCCCUGCAGCACUCGUCAACCAGAUCAUGGCUCUAGCCCUCAAGGCUUGGUCAGAUGUUUCGUCGUUGACCUUCGCUCAGGUCGCAGCCGAUCAACCAGCCGACAUCCUCAUCGAUUUCUUCGAAGCCGAUCACGGUGACGGCAACCCUUUCGAUGGACCCGGUGCCGUGCUCGCUCAUGCCUACUUCCCUAACCCCAACCCCAUCGCUGGCGAUGCUCAUUUCGAUGACGCUGAGACGUAUACUGACGGAAUACCACAAGGUAUCAACCUCUUCCAGGUAGCGGCCCAUGAGUUCGGCCAUAGUCUGGGGUUGGGUCACUCCACCAUUGAUGCGGCUCUGAUGGCCCCCUUCUACCAGGGCUAUGUACCCGAUUUUGAGCUCCACCCUGAUGAUGUGGCUGGUAUCCAGGCCCACUAUGGGCAAAAUACGAAUCAAGCUGGUGGCGGCGAUGAUGGUGAUGCAGCUCCUCCCACCCCACCAGCGUCUGGGGACUGCAUCUCUCAAUUCACCGCAACAACACAGACGGCUGACGGUGGAUUCUAUUUCAUCAAUGAUACCCAUGCAUUCCGCAUCGGGCCAAACGGACUGGAAGCCGGCUAUCCGAAGACUAUUGCAACCGAAUUUCCCGGAUUGCCCAACAACAUCGAUGCAGGACUUUUCUUUCAAGACAACGGCAAGACUUAUUUCUUUAAGGGUGGUGACUACUAUCAGUUCUCUAGUCAAACGAUGGAUGAUGGGUAUCCUCAGGCCAUAGCCACAGCGUUUCCUGGUUUACCUGAUGACCUGGACUCGGCGUUCGUUUGGACCGGUAACGGAAGGGUUUACUUCACAAAAGGUGACCAGUAUUAUCGCUUCUCAGCCGGGGUGGGCGUAGACGAUGGGUAUCCGCGACCCCUCUCGCUCUGGACCAACUUACCGCCGACGCUCGACGCUGCUAUGCAACAUGCUAACGGCUUUACAUAUUUCUUCUCUGGUGACUUCUAUUACCGCUUCAACGAUGACGAGUUCAAAGUUGACGCCGGUUACCCCCGCGACACGUCGGUCGGUUGGCUUGGAUGCGCUGCGGCUAUCGGCAGCGGUAACGUCACGGUGUCGCCACCGGGAGGCGGUAGCACAGCUUUGACAUCAGCGGGACUUCCGUCAUUACUUUUAGUUAUAUUGAUAAUCUGCUCAUUGUAUCUUGCAGAUCUAUGUGUGUUGGUUAAUUUGUAAUAUUUGAAUAUGUAUAUGCAUUACACUAGAUCUUUUCACCACUGUAAUUUGGUAAUGUAACAAUAAUAAAAUUAUAUAAUCUUUGAGACUCCACAACUUAGUCUAUGAUAAAAUCCAUCGCACUAUAGGCUCCCAAAGAGUCUCAGACACUGAUUUGCCAAAUGUUCUUUUAAUUAGAAAAUGUAAUAAGAGUUCGUUCCACAUAAUUUAAGUUCUGAGAGAAUUUUUUGGUAUUGUUGGGUUUUUUUUUUUUUUUUUUUUUUUUUUUUUUUGGGGGGGGGGGGGGUGUAUUAAUGAUCUCUUUAACUGAAAUCUCAAUAUGUUUCGUGAGGGAGAAACAACUUUCACUCUCAUGUCUGCAGUAAAUCCAUGUCAAUUUUUAAUUUGUACUUUUUAAAAUCUAUAAAGGUAGAAUCUUGUGUUUGAAAUAUGUGCGUAUUUUAAAAAAAACCGAGAAGACCAUUAUUUAUUGUUAAAAACACAUUUAACUUUAAAAUUGUAUUGUUUAAUAACGCGUUCUAUUUGCAUGAAUAACAGGAGAUGAAAUCUAUUUAAGAAUUUUGUACAAAACUAAACAAUUAAAUAAAAGACACUCAAAGAUGUAAGUUAUCCUUGA